GAACUCAUUAUAUCUUACGACUUACGAGCUUAAAAUAUAAUCUGUGACCAAAACACGAACUUUGAUCACCCUUUCCAGUAACAUCUACUGUUAAUGAACUUUAAUCUUUUGGUCAUAGUGUAAAUAUAUUUUCAAUUUGUAAUUUCUAGAAAUCGAGUUUUUCAGUAAUAUUAAUUAUUUGUUGACUUGUUUCCAUUUUUUAUUGUUUCAACCUAUUAACUUGAAUAUGUUGUCUGGGUGUUCAAGACGGAUAGGAACACAGUGGAAGCGAUUUCAAAGCACUCUUGUGAUUGCCGAACACAAUAAUGAAGUUUUAUCACCCAUUACCCAAAAUGCUAUAACAGCUGCUGAAAAACUAGGAGGAGAAGUUUCAGUUCUAGUUGCAGGACCAAAAUGUGGACCAGCCACCGAAGCUUUAGCUAAAGCAGAGGGCUUAUCAAAGAUUUUAGUUGCUGAAAAUGACGCAUUUAAAGGUUUUACUGCAGAAAGUUUAACACCCUUGAUAUUGAAGGCAAUAAAACAAUUCAAUUACACCCAUAUAGUUGCUGGUGCUUCCGCUUUAGGAAAAUCAUUAUUGCCCAGGAUUGCUGCCAAACUGGAUGUCUCUCCAAUAUCUGAUGUGAUUGCAAUCAAGUCACCUGACACAUUCAUUAGAAGUAUUUAUGCUGGAAAUGCCUUGCAAACCUUAACUGCAAAAGACAAAAUAAAAGUACUGACCAUUAGAGGAACUAGUUUUGAACCUGCUGCCCUAGAAGGGGGCUCAGUUAAUUCUGAAACACUGGCUGUUGAUGGAUGUGCAACAGAUUUAACCAUUUUCAUAGAUCAGGAGCUAAGUAAAUCAGACCGGCCGGAACUAGCGAGUGCCAAAGUUGUUGUAAGUGGAGGUCGAGGUUUGAAAUCAGGUGACAAUUUCAAACUUUUGUAUGAUCUUGCAGAUAAAUUGAAUGCAGCAGUAGGGGCAUCUAGAGCAGCCGUCGAUGCUGGGUAUGUCCCUAAUGAUUUGCAAGUGGGACAAACUGGAAAAAUUGUCGCACCUGAUCUAUACAUUGCUGUCGGCAUUUCUGGAGCUAUUCAACAUUUGGCUGGUAUGAAAGACAGUAAAACUAUUGUAGCAAUCAACAAGGAUCCUGAGGCACCUAUUUUUCAAGUGGCCGACUAUGGACUAGUGGCAGACUUAUUCAAGGCUGUACCUGAACUAACUGGAAAACUAUGAUAUUUCAUUGAAUUUUCAAGUUGAAUAUCGAAAUAUAAUAUGUCUGGCAAAUUUUUAAUUUUGCAGAGAGUUUUGAAAGUAUAUAUUUUACAAUAAAUCUUUUUCUUUCCAUUA